AUGCCCGGCUCCUCACGCCUGCCGGUCAGCCUGCGCGACACCUUCAAUGCGCGCAAGACCUCCGCCAAGGGCCAGUUCGUUGCGGCCAACAUAGAUGUUUUGCGCAAUGUCGUCUUCCUCCUGUUCCUCCUCCGCUGGACGCGUGUGGCCUUUUACCAGCUCAAGGGCCGCGGCAUUUUCGGCUCCCUCGCCGACCUGUACAUUAACCUUCGUCGCUACCUCUAUGGCGUCUUCUUGCGCCUCCCGGGCAUCCGCACCAAGGUCCAGACUGAAGUGUCGGAAACGCUGCUGAAACUCGAGCGCAAAUUGGUACCAAGUGGUCCGGGCCUUGUGCGCAUCACCUCGAUGCCCGCCGAAGGCUGGACCGCCGAAGAGGUGCGCAAGAAGCUGGGAGAGCUUGCCAGCAUGGAGCAUACACGCUGGGAGGAUGGCAGGGUCAGCGGCGCCGUCUACCACGGCGGCGAUGAGUUGAUCCGUCUCCAGACGGAAGCCUUUGGCCAAUUCACCGUUUCGAACCCGAUCCACCCCGAUGUCUUUCCCGGCGUUAGGAAGAUGGAAGCCGAGAUCGUAGCCAUGGUCCUAUCGCUGUUCAAUGCUCCCGAGGGAGCAGUAGGCGUGACCACGUCCGGGGGCACCGAGUCCAUCCUUAUGGCCUGUCUGUCGGCGCGCAACAAAGCUUUCACAGAGCGCGGUGUGUCACAGCCUGAGAUGAUUCUUCCAGAAACUGCGCAUACCGCGUUCCGUAAAGCCGGCGAGUAUUUCAAGAUCAAAGUGCAUCUUGUCGCAUGCAAAGCCCCGAGCUACAAAGUGCAUCUGUCCUCCGUGUCCCGCCUUGUCAACCCUAAUACAGUCCUUCUGGUUGGGUCGGCACCAAAUUUUCCCCAUGGCAUCAUCGAUGACAUCUCUGGGCUCAGUAAACUUGCUCUGAAGAAGAAACUACCUCUUCAUGUGGAUUGCUGUCUCGGUUCCUUCAUCAUCCCUUUGCUGCCCAAGGCUGGCUUUGAGUCGGAACCGUUCGAUUUCCGGUUGAAGGGUGUGACCAGCAUCUCGUGUGAUACCCACAAAUACGGGUUUGCCCCCAAAGGCAACUCGACGGUGCUUUAUCGCUCAGACGAAUACCGCAAAUACCAGUAUUUCAUUUCGCCUGAUUGGUCUGGAGGUGUAUAUGCCUCGCCGUCCAUCGCAGGCUCUCGACCUGGCGCACUCAUCGCUGGAUGCUGGGCCAGCUUAGUCAAACAGGGUGAGAAUGGAUACAUUGAUGCAUGUCACAAAAUCGUUGGUGGCAUGAAACAGAUUGAGACUGCAAUCCGUGAGAGACCGGAGCUUGCUUCGGACUUGAAGGUCAUUGGUCGUCCUCUUGUAUCAGUUGUGUCCUUCCUGUCGAAUACGCUAGACAUCUACGAUAUCGCAGAUGGAAUGUCGACCAAAGGAUGGCAUCUUAAUGCGCUGCAGAGUCCACCGGCGAUUCAUGUCGCCGUCACCUUGCCAAUUGUCGCGGUGGUAGACAAGCUAAUUGAGGAUCUCGUCGAGGUCACAGAGGAGGUACGGGAUGCGGAAAGGCGAAGGGUGGCAGAAGGCAAGGGCGCCAAAGGGGUGGUCAAAGGCGAUGCAGCUGCACUCUAUGGUGUCGCUGGGAGUCUACCAAACAAAAGUGUGGUGGUCGAUCUGGCGAAAGGUUUUCUGGAUACAUUAUACAAGGUCUAG